AUGUGGCAAGUGCUACGGCAGCAGUUACACAUCAGAGUCCUCAUAUGGGUGUUUGAUGAAAUCAUCGAUGUUCAGAUACGGGGAGGAGCAAAUUCAUCAGUUGUUGCUGAUUUCAUGCCUACAUCAUCAUGGAACAUCUCAAGUGAAUUAGAUAAAGACUACUUCUUGACACUUGAUGAACCUAUGAAUAACAUAACUACCACCCUUGGCCAGACUGCAGAGCUGCACUGUAAAGUCUCUGGCAAUCCUCCUCCGACGGUCCGUUGGCUAAAAAACGACGCUCCGGUUGUCCAAGAACCCCGGAGGAUUUCCUUCCGUGCCACAAGCUAUGGGUCUCGACUGCGAAUAAGGAACCUUGACACUACAGACACGGGCUACUUCCAGUGUGUUGCGACUAACGGCAGAAAGACCGUUUCCACAACUGGUGUGCUGUUUGUGAAAUUUGGUCCCCCGCCAACAGCAAGUCCAGGAUCAUCCGACGAGUAUGAAGAGGACGGUUUUUGCCAGCCCUACAGGGGGAUUGCUUGUGCACGAUUUAUUGGAAAUCGAACCAUUUAUAUGGAGUCUUUGCAUAUGCAAGGUGAAAUAGAAAAUCAGAUUACAGCUGCCUUCACCAUGAUUGGCACUUCCAGCCAUUUGUCAGAUAAAUGCUCCCAGUUUGCUAUUCCUUCGCUGUGCCAUUACGCCUUCCCCUAUUGCGACGAGACUUCAUCAGCUCCCAAGCCACGAGACUUGUGCCGCGAUGAAUGUGAAAUUCUGGAAAAUGUCCUGUGUCAGACAGAGUAUAUUUUUGCAAGAUCUAAUCCCAUGAUUCUGAUGAGAUUAAAACUGCCCAACUGCGAAGAUCUUCCCCAGCCAGAUAGCCCUGAAGCUGUCAAUUGUAUCCGGAUUGGGAUUCCAAUGGCAGAUCCCAUAAAUAAAAAUCACAAAUGCUACAACAGCACAGGAGUAGAUUACCGGGGGACGGUGAGCGUGACCAGGUCGGGGCGGCAGUGCCAGCCGUGGAACUCGCAGUACCCCCACACCCACACCUUCACUGCCAUCAGGUACCCCGAGCUCAACGGGGGCCACUCCUACUGCCGCAACCCAGGGAACCAGAAGGAUGCCCCGUGGUGCUUCACCUUAGAUGAGAACUUUAAGUCUGAGCUUUGUGAUGUCCCGGCAUGUGAUUAUAAGGAUUCCAAGGAGAAGAAUAAAAUGGAAAUCCUGUAUAUCCUGGUGCCAAGUGUUACUAUUCCCCUGGCCAUAGCCUUACUCUUCUUCUUCAUCUGCAUCUGUCGCAACAAUCAGAAGUCAUCCUCCCCUCCCGUUCAAAGACAGCCUAAACACGUAAGAGGACAAAAUGUGGAGAUGUCAAUGCUCAAUGCCUAUAAACCAAAG